AUGGUUCGUUUUCUUUCCUUGCUUCUGGGGUUCUAUACUCACGCUACCACUACACAGUCGGAGUGUCGUGACGAGCAUUUGGUGGCGCUGGAGUGCUCGCAGCACCGGGAGUGGAGUACUGCUCCGCUCCCUUGUAGCUCUCCGGAGGAUACAUCUCUUCUUGGACAGCCUUCGAUGGAUCAUGAGUUCCAGCAGCGGACUUCUGAUAAUUCGGAUCUCCAGCACCGUACGCAGUUCCAGUUGCAUGAUCUCCAGCACCGUACUCAGUUCCAGUUCCAGCAGCGGACUUCUGAUAAUUCGGAUCUCCAGCACCGUACUCAGUUCCAGUUCCAGCAGCGGACUUCUGAUAAUUCGGAUCUCCAGCACCGUACGCAGUUCCAGUUGCAUGAUCUCCAGCACCAUACUCAGUUCCAGUUCCAGCACCGGACUUCUGAUAAUUCGGAUCUCCAGCACCGUACUCAGUUCCAGUUCCAGCAGCGGACUUCUGAUAAUUCGGAUCUCCAGCACCGUACGCAGUUCCAGUUGCAUGAUCUCCAGCACCGUACUCAGUUCCAGUUCCAGGACCAGUCUUCUCUCCGCCAUUAUAAGUCGUUCCCAUCAAACCUCCAGUACCAGGCUCGGCGACGUUCUGUCCACCAUAGUGCUGCUGCUCUGGAUUAUACAUGCUUUGGACAUACCUGGAGGAGGAACUGGUCGAGGCCACUUGGUAUCAUGCUCGCCUUGGAACUUCCCAGCGUAGUCCUCCUCGCCAGGAACAGCACCCCCAGUGGUGGCGUGUCCGGUAGCAGCACCUCCCCUGGCCAGCAGGAACUCCAUGAAGCUGAUCGUGAGCUCCUCCAGGUCCCUGGCCAGCAGGAACUCCAUGAACUUGAUCGUGAGACGAGCUUUUCGGGCCACCACCGACGGCGCCUUUCACCGCGUCCUUCAUCUUCUCGCCCAUUCCGCGGUGACGCUGGUCGGCCCCGGCUGGAGCAACGUAGCCGGACUCCGUCGUGGAGGCCGAGAAGGGCUCGUGCCCGUGGCCGAUGUUGGUGUCGUGCGUCGCCUCGAGGGGAUGGUGGUGCUGCUGCUGCCCGGACUGGGGAUUUACCGCCUCGGUGUCGCCAUAUCCUGCGUUCUUACCAAAGUGGACGCCGCGAUCUCCAGGAGCUUGCGACGGCCUCUCCGAGCUGGGCUGCCCGAGGUGCCCAACUGCGUCCGAGUGAGCGACGUAGGGGCUGUUCUCCUGCUGAUCCAUGCCGGAUUGAUCGCGAAUUUGCUGCUCGUAAGACAUUGCAAUUCCUUCACACGAUUGGAUUUGGAUUUCCUCUCAUUUUAUACGAAGAAGUGGGACGCGUGCACUUCCAUCGCUAUCUUUCCAAGUGGCAUUUCUCGCCAGUAAUAAGACACGUGUCCAGGGCUAGACACGUCAAGGGGUAUCGUGGCACCGACACAUUCGUAAGCGAUAAGCACGGGUUUUGUUUAGCGCUAAUCAACCAACAGGGGUGCUUAGGGUUUAUCAGCAUGCAGCAGGCGCUACUGCUCCUCCCCCACGCCCGGCUCGUCGCCGCCGCGCCGCUGCGCGCGCGAUCCCAGCUCCAGCACCGGCCCCGAGGUAAUCUCUUGAAUCUUCUCCAGGCGCAUUCUUCUUCUCCGAGGCAAUUCACCACUUCUUCGAUCCAAUUCAAGAAUUCCAAUGUGUCGUCAAUCAAGGCGCAGGCUCAGUAUGGAACAAGAGAAGCGUCAGGGUUUGGAUCGAGCUACACGACUACUGUGGAUGCAGCGGAGAUCAACAUGCGAAACCUGGUCGCAAAGCGUCUCGAAGAGACUGCUCGCCAUUUCAAGACGAUGGGAUCGCUCGGAUUUUGGAGCCAGUUCCUGUGCACUCUAGUCUCCGCGGCAAUUCUCGCAUUCUCGAUCUUUGUUAGCGGGACUGCCACAGCGACUGUGACCAAGUAUCUCACGGCAGCGGGGAUUGCCGUGGGAUUUAUCUCGGUGUUCCGCUCCUUUGGAUACAUGCGAUUGUCUGGAAGGCUAGAAAGCGCUAUGAGCGAUCCCUCAAAGGCUCCUCCCAGAACGGAGGUCAUUGACAAGCUCAAAACCGGGAUCAUAGUCAACGUUCUCGGCCUAGCGUCAACGGUGGUCGGCUUGCAGGCAACGGUGGGGCUGCUCGUUGCAAAGGCGUUGAACUCCCCGGCAACGCCGUUCUUGCAAGGCCCCUACGCGGGCCAGAGCCCAGUGCUAGCUCUCGACGUCUUCCUCGUCCAGGCCUGUGCCAACGCGCUCCUCUCUCACUUUCUGGGCCUCGUUUUCAACUUGGAGCUGCUGAGAUCGGUGUCGGACAAGCCGCCACCUCCGCAAAAGGUGACGGUCCAGGCCGCGGCUUGAGCAGAAAAAAAAAAAAGGACGAGAAAAAAGGAACGAGAAAGAAAAAACGAGAAGAGAAGAGCUGUACAUUUUACACUGAGAAAGCGUACGUACGGACGUGUCCCGAUCUGGCGGCUGCGGUGGUCCUUGCGACGGGCGCCGUCGGAUGCGUACGGUGCGUUUGAUUGGCCCAUGUGGGGGCAUGUGCUACUGGCUGGAUUGAAAUCCCGUGAUGCGGCAUUUGCGCUUCUUACACACUUGUGCGUGUGUUUGUCUUUUGUUGGAUUUUUCUAUAGUUUUUUAUAAAUCUUAUAAUUCUUGCUCA